GAUCAGAAGAGAGAGGUCUCGAGGGCGCGAAACCUCGGGGUCUGACAUCUUCUCCCCUCUUCCCAACACCCACACACAGGUGAUCUACGUGGGCCGGAACCCCCGGGACGUGGUGGUCUCGCUCUAUCACUACUCCAAGAUCGCCAGGCAGUUGAAGGACCCUGGCACGCCUGACCAGUUCCUGAAGAACUUCCUCAAAGGCGAAGUGCAGUUCGGCUCCUGGUUCGACCACAUUAAGGGCUGGAUUCGGAUGCAGGGCAAAGAGAACUUCUUGUUUAUCACCUACGAGGAGCUGCAGCAGGACCUCCACAGUUCCGUGCAGCGCAUCUGCCAGUUCCUGGGCCGGCUGCUGGACGAGGAGGCGCUGGAGUCCGUCGUGGCGCACUCGGCCUUCAAAGCCAUGAAGGCCAACACCAUGUCCAACUUCUCCCUGCUGCCCCCCAGCCUGCUGGACCAGAGCCAUGGUGCCUUCCUCCGGAAAGGGAUCUGCGGUGACUGGAAGAACCACUUCACGGUGGCGCAGAGCGAAGCCUUCGACCGAGUCUACCGCGAGCGGAUGCGGGGGCUGCCGACCUUCCCCUGGGACGUGGACCCCGAGGACGCCGGUCCGGACCCCGACCCCCGUCCCGACCCAAGUCCCAGCCCAGACCAGGCCUCCGAGCCACCGCACCCGUGACCCUGAGAAUAAACGCAUCGCUACUGCCCCGGC